AUGGACAUCAACGAAGACACCAUUCCCGAGCUGCAGCCCAUCUUCACCUUCUUGAACAGUCAUGCGAACAAGCUGUAUCAGGAAGGCUAUUUCUUGAAGUUGGACGAUCAAAACACUCAGGGCAAGCCCAAUGCAGACCGCACGUGGACCGAGUGCUUUGCGCAGCUCGUCGGUACCGUUCUGUCGCUAUGGGACGCAGCAGAGUUGGACGCCGCCGGUGAGGACGGCGAAGUCCUACCCAAGUUCAUCAAUUUGACGGACGCUUCUAUCAAGAUGAUCGAAUCCCUACCAACACGAUCGAAUGACGAACAGCCGCUGCAGAACAUCCUCAGCAUCUCGACUGCCGGCAGAAACCGCUACCUUCUGCACUUCAACUCCCACCACUCACUAAUCCAAUGGACCGCCGGCAUCAGACUCGCCAUCUUCGAGCACUCGACUCUCCAGGAGGCCUACACUGGCGCUUUGAUCGCCGGCAAGGGCAAGUCGCUCAACAACAUCAACCUGAUCAUGGACAGGUCCAAGUUUAAGACGGAGGAGUGGGUGCGUGUACGAUUCGGCGCCGGAGUGCCCUGGCGCAGGUGUUGGUGUGUCAUUUCUCCGCCCGACGAGAAGGAGUACCAGAAGGCACAGAAGGAGAUGCGCAAGAAGUCGCCCUACGAUCGCUCCACCCCUGUCCUCAAGGGAAGCAUCAAGUUUUACGACACCAAGAAGGAUGGCAAGAAGCAGAAGAAGGCCCGCCCAAUUGCCACCAUUACCGACGCCUACUCAUCGUACGCCAUCUACCCUCAGGCCAAGGCCCUGAUCGAUGCAUCCACCUUGCUCAAGAUUGAGGGCAACAUCACCAUUCACUCUGAGCCGCCCUCCUCGACCGAGGGUUUCGUGUUUAUCAUGCCCGAAACCCAUCCCGCAGUGAGCGGUUUCGAAAUGCUGCUGCGUUUCCUCUUCCCGACCUGGGACACCUUCGCCCUCUACGGUCGCCCCGGCAGACUCGUCGCCAGUGUCCUCGACCCGCGAUCCCUCAUGUUUGCCAUGCCGAAGCACCGCCGAUACGGCUACCUCGAAAUUCUGGACGUUUCUGGACUGAUUCUGACAGAGGGAAGCUCGUCCUGGACAGAGCGUGAAUGGAGGAAGCGGCUCAAGGAGCUCACCGGUAAGCGGAUGAAUGCCGUUGAUGAAGGGGCAAGCACCCGUCAAAGAAGUGGCAGCAAGAAGAGCGCCCGCCUCAGCUUUGGCAAUGGUUCUUCCAGCCCCGUUCCAGCUAAGCCAAGAGUGGGCUUUGCUGAUGAUGGGGUCUCAAACCGCUCAUCUCGCUCCAUGUCUUUGGGUGCACCCAACCGUUCAGAAACCGCGCCUGUCGCCACAUCACGGCCGCCUCCUGUGCUUGCUAGCUUGAACAAGGCAAACCACGCUCGCAACUCUUCAGAUCCCCACCUGUUGGGACAUGCGCCUCCUCCUCGAAUGGAUGACAGAGGAUAUGACAGCCAAGGCUCCUACAACAAUUCUUACAACAACUCGCCAGCGCGCGGCCCAACUCCAGUCAAGGGCAUCUUGCGUUCUGGUACUCAGAGCUCUGAUGAUGACACUGCUCGCAGCACCCCUGUUCGGGACCUCGAGAACACAGCUCGAAACAUGGAGUCGCCUGAGCCCGUUGCUGCGCCGCCUGCCUUCAACCACGGACCUCAGUCCAAGCCUGCUGGCAAGCCUUACCACUCACCUGACCUUCGCAGGGCUACCAGUCGCUUGUCCAACACUACCCUAUCACAGCUGGCCAAGGCUGGAGGAUUUGCUGUUCCUCCCGAUAACAGAUCAGACAGUUCUUCUGAGAGAAGAAGUGGGGAGGAUGGUGCUGGACCCAACCCAUUGGUACAAUCUCACGCCGCCAAUACUGAGGGAGGCUCUGCUGACAACAACUUUGCUGGUGAAGCUCUAACCCAUAAUACUCCCUCUCCUUCGGACUCGCUCCCGCCCCCCAUCCCACCCAUGAACCAGAAGCGUUCCCGAUCUCCCCUUGCCCAGAACUCGUUCGGUCCUCCCAGCCCUCACCCUCGCGGUCCGCUGCCCCCUGACCCUCAACCCCGUGGUCCCCCAGAUGCGAGAGCCCCUCAAGACGGACGUCCUCCCCACCAGAUGAGAAGCCCCGUCGAAGACCAACAGCCUCAGUUUCCCCCUCACGAUGCGAGGCCUCCCCAGGGUAUGAGAGGUCCUCAGCAGAUGAGGAGCAUGGAGCAGAUGAGGAGCCCAGUCGAGGGCCAGGCGCCGGGUUUUCCUCCUCAGGGACGACCUCAGCCCAACUUUUCUCGGCCCGAAGGAACCGGAACCCCGCCCAUCGGCGGUCCUGGCCGCAUCCCGACUCCUGAGAUGAGGAACCGAGGCAUGAACCAGAUGGGGCCUCCGCCACCUCAGCAUCGAGACCAUCGCACCGGUCGUGGCUUUCCCCUUCCCGAGCUGAACACCGCGAACGCAAUCCAGCGUAAGCCGCUCCCGACUCGUUCCGACAGCUUGAAGAGCCCCCAGGAAACCCCAAUCUCGGCUUCCAGCGGUGGCAGCUGGGGCAACAACAUCAUCGACCAGGCGGCUUUCUCGCAAAUCCAGUUCCGCGAAAGUCCUCGUCGAACUCCCGUGCCUGAGCAACAGCUCCGCAGGAUGCCCACGCAGCAGAGCGAUGGCAGCUACUACGACGAUGCUGCAUCGACCGCCAGCCCCGACUACGCCAGCCGCAAAUCGAGUGAGACCCAGCAUUCUCAAAAGUCAUACGAUCGGCCUCGUGCGGGUGUUUUGAAGACGGUGGGCGGCGCAGACUCUCCGGUUUCUGGCAGGGAGGACUUUGCCAUUCCUGACGUCAACUUUGGCCCUACCGUCAAUUACGGUGCCAACCAGCCCGCCCGAAACAAGACCCCCACCCCUCUGAACCCACAGGGCAUUCCGAAUCCCCAAAGGCCGUUCUCGCCAGCUCUCAAGUCUCCUCCUUACGACGGAGGACACAACCGACAAGAAUCUGAAGACACGGUCCGCAAGGUUGCCUGGCAACCGGGUGCUGCCGCUGUCGGCAAUGGUCAGGGCAUGACUGCUGAGCAAUUUGUCCAGCAGCGCGCUGCUCAAGCUACGACUCCCAUGUAUGGUCACGGCCGGACUCCUUCGGGCAACAUCCUAACCAUGCGUUCAAUGACGCCUACCCCUUCGAUGACUCGGAACACGUCUGCGGAGAUGCUGGCCGCUCGUCAUUCGCGUAGCAGCUCGGCAGACCUCCUACAGCGGCCCGGCUCUCGCGGUGCCAAUGCGGUGCUCGAAAUGUCGAACCAGGCUGAGCUUCCAUCUCACCUCUCGGCCCGCGAGCAGGAGCACGUGGCUCGCAUGACCGGUUCCCCGCUCAUCAGCAUGGCCGGUAACAGAAAUGCAAACCAGGGACAGGGAGCUGGAUUGGUCGGAGCCAUCCAGGCGCGUGAGCGUGAGAGAAUGCAGGCAAAGCAGGGCAUGAACACGCAAGCGGUGCAGCAGGCCAUCAACCAGAGGCAGCAGCAGCAGGCGAUGGCUUAUCAGCAGCAAGUCCAGAGACAGCAGCAGCAGCAGCAGCAACAACAGCUGCAGCAACAGCAGCAGCAAGCGGCGUAUCAACAGCAGAUGUUUGCUCAGCAGCAGCAAGUCAUGUCUCCAAUGUCACCGAUGUCUCCACAGGGCAUGUACGCUCAGAGCAACAUGUCUCGCGGCCAGAUGUCACAAAUGGGCCCCCCUCGAGGACAGCCUAACGGCUACGGCGCUUCCGUUCAGAACUUUGGUUACGGACAGGGCGGCGGCUACGCACAAGGAAACGGCUAUGGGCAAGCUGCCUACGGUCAGGGAGGUGGCUACGUCAACCCGAUGGCGAUGCGGCAGGGUCGUCAAUCACCCGGUCCUCAGAUGAUGGACCCUCGAUUCAUGCCUCAGGGAGCGUACUCGCCAGGACAUCAGCAAGCUACCCAGAAUGUCCUCGAUCCCCGGCGCAUAGGCAAGCAGAACUCGGGCUUCUCAGAUGAGGACAUCUCCGACAUCAUCUGCGUGCUCUACCCACACUCUGACUUCGCCCGCCGCGAAGUAAACCGAAUCGCCCGGGAACACCUGCCACAUGUCGUCGGUAGGGAAGAGGCAGACGCAGUGGAGCCGGACUACGAGGAAGAGGAUAGGGCCGACCAGUUCCAGCUCACGCCUCCGAAUAGCGACUAUGCGGUUAUCCUGAGGUUGUCGGCUCAGACGAAGGACCCCCUCCAGGGUUUCCAGUUCGGCCGCAAUGUCGCCCGAUGCGACAUCUGCUUCGCGAGUGACCCUAUGAAGCGCCUCAGCAACGUUCAUUUUCGCAUAUACGUCAACGACUACGGCGUCGUAAUGCUCGAAGACUCCUCGACCAACGGAACGUUCGUCGACGGCACCCUGCUGCGCUCGAAGCAGAAAUCUCCCAACGAAAGAUGCGAUAUCAAGCGAGUCCUCAGUCACGGUUCGCGGAUCAAGGUCCUUAUGCACGACGAAUCCCGCGACCUGGAGUUUUUGGUCAGGAUACCCAAGAGAACGGGCGAGUACGACCGCGCAUACAUCGGGAAGCUGGAGGAAUACUGGGCCAAGUUGGAGGCCUUGCGUGCCAGGCACAACGAGACCAUCACCCCGGGCCCAGGCGGUCACGUCGACUUGUUCAACAACGCGCCUAGGAGACCACCGAACCCGCCGCCGCGUAGGAUCGCGUUGCCCUCGGGUACCACACAAGACAACAAUGAUCGGUUUCCGAGGGAAUGGGACGGGUCCGGGAAGUACAACCGCGUCGGCCAAAUUGGGAAGGGAGCAUUUGCAGUGGUGUACAAGGUGACGUCUAAGUUCGACGGCAACCCGUACGCCGCCAAAGAGCUCGAGAAGCGGCGGUUCAUCAAGAACGGCGUUUUGGAUCAAAAGGUGGAAAACGAGAUGAGAAUCAUGCAGAGGGUGCAACAUCCCAAUAUUGUACGCUACAUUGAGCACUUUGACUGGGAUAACCGCCUGCUCAUUAUCAUCAUGGAAUUCGUCAGCGGCGGUGACUUGGGAAAGCUCAUCACUAACAGGGGGCCUCUGCAAGAGCAAUCCGUCCAGCAAAUGGCAUCACAGCUGCUGAGUGCUCUGGCUCACUUGCACGAGAACAACAUCACCCACCGAGACGUCAAGCCGGACAACAUUCUUAUUCACUCCCUCACGCCAUUCGAUGUCAAGUUGACCGACUUCGGCCUGUCGAAGAUGGUUGAUAACGAGCAGACCUUCCUCCGGACUUUCUGCGGCACACUGCUCUACUGCGCACCAGAGGUGUAUUCAGAGUACGCCGAAUACGACGACCAAGGCCGCCGGAAUCCAAGGAAUAGAGUUAAGCGCGCUGCGGUUGGUCAGCGAUACGACCAUGCUAUCGAUGUUUGGUCGCUCGGCGGUGUUCUUUUCUACGCUCUCACGGGCAGCCCCCCGUACCCUGUCAGAAACAAUGUCAGCUACUCGGAACUGCUGCACAACAUCAUGACUACACCGCUGAACACGCGUCCAUUGGCGUUGGCAAACGUUUCCCAAUGCGGCAUCGACUUUCUCCGGCUCAUGCUGGAGAAGAGGCCAGAAUCGCGUGCAACAGUUAAGGACUUGCAAGCACACGCCUGGCUUGCGCAUUUCAGAACUGCCUCGCAGUCAAGUUUCGAGCAAUCAUUCGAUGAGAUUAUAGAUGAGGAGGAGGAACUGCAGAUUAAUGCAUCGCAGCUCAGCUUACAAGACGGUCAGUCACGAACGCUUGCUGACACAGAGCCGCCGUUUGAAGACGUUGUCGACGACGAUCUCAUCGACGACUUCAUAGAGGAAGAGUCGGAAAAGGAGAACGGCACCUUCGGGCCCCCGGGCCACGCGGGUCAGAGACUAUUUGGAGAGGUCAAUGUCUCUGCUGUCGGGAGCUCCGGCGUUAUACCGGAAGACAGGCUCAACCUCGGCGAGUCGAGCGUGCUGGGCACCGAUAGCCUCGAGACGGAGAUACGCGACAGCUACGACUCGGAAGAUGCGUCGACUAUUGUUGGACAGAAGCAUCUGGGCAGCGGGGCACGACUCUCGGUCUCUGCUCUUAAUGGCCAGUCGGCGGACCAGCUCCAUAGCCUGGUUAUGAACGUCGCUUCGCAGAGCCUGGGCGCGACAGAGGCCGAUUUCCAGAUGAAGUCUGCUGCCACUUCGCAGGCCAAUGAGACUUUCUAUACCGCGAGCAAACGAAAGCCAUCCUCUGUCGACACGAGUGAUGAGUUCGAGCCGAUACCGAGGGACAAGCCAGCCUUCAAGCGCCUCAAGUCGGAAGGCAACCUCGACGCGUUGGCGGAACGAGAAAUGGAUCGAAACAUGGAGGAGUACAAGCUUCUUGCUUCGGUGCCGCAAAUCAGGAGACUCGAAUCAGGGCGUCAAAUCGAUCGGCCUGUCAACAAAAACUGCUUCUGGGGAAGUGACUUGACAACAUGGCACCUUCGAUACCCAGAGAUGACACAGCUGCAAUACGACAUGUUCCAACAAGCAGCGCGCUCAAGAAACGAAAGUUUUGCGGCUGGAAAGUCUCCCUUAUGGGAGCUGGCGUUCAAACAUUUCCCACCCAGCAAUGGUCUGCCUGCAAUGCACGUCAACGAGCCGUCGACUAUCAACGACACAAAGACGAUGUUCAAGCGGGACGACAGCAGACCUCUUGAAGGGACCGAGAUGGAUAUACCAGCGACGGCACCUCAGCCCGAGGAAGAAGACUCCCUGCCUGAUACCUUGCCGCCAGAAACCCAGCAGAUCAUCGUUCCUGUUCUUCAAGAUGAGAGUACGAAACGGGCAGUGGCUGUACUGGAGUCAUCUCCCGAGUCGGUGGUUUCUGGAAUCUCUGUACCGGUGACUGGACUGGUCAUGUCUUGGGGCAGAGGUCCAGAGAACACGAUAGUGUACAACCCAAAGACAGAGGUCAAGGUGCCGAAGUACGCAGCCAAGCUCAUGUUAUGGAAGGAAGGCUUUGAUUCCAGCAAGUACCGCAAGACACUGCCGUGGGAAAAGGACGACAAUGGCGACGGUUUUGCCUUUUACCUCUCGACAAAGGCUACUAACGGCGUUAUGCUCAACAAACACCAGCUGCCCUCCCACGACUGCAAGAACCCGCUUAGUGCGUCGAAGAACUGGAUCCCCAUCUACGAUGGUGAUGAGAUUGUGGUAUGGGGAACGCCCACGGAUGAUACGAGCCAGACCAAGGUCACCUUCCGCUGCUUCUGGGGCGACUCGGCAAAGCCCCGUCCCAAUAGUGUUCCGCUUCAACGUGUUCCUUCGACUAUAGCCCGCAAAAUUGACGAGGCUUGCGCGAAGGCGGAGAAGAACGCCAAAACAGCCAAGCAGCGACUCGCCAAGAUGAACGAGGCCAAUGAGGAGUACGAGGAAAGAAAACAAAACAUCGAAAAAGAGCGCGAACGCAGCCGCAUCUUUGAGGAAAAGCGUCUUGAGGCGCUGAGAUACGUGGCGAUCCGCACUACUUCGAGGCGUGGGUCGCCGGCUAGCGCGCCUGCAACUACAGCGUUGAGAGGGCAAACGCCUGCUUUGGGGGUUCCGUCACCGUUGCAAGACUCCCAGAGCCCGCCGAAAUAG